AUGGCCUCUGUCGCCUCCUCUGCUUUGGCCCAAACCCUUUACAACUCUUCUUCCGUUGCAGUCUCCAGCUCUGCUUCUUCUCAAUUGAGCUCUAUCGCUUCUUCUUCUGAAGCCUCCUCUGCUGUCUCCAGCUCUGCUAUCUCUUCCUCAGCUGCCUCCUCUUCCGAAGCUUCUUCUGUUGCUUCCUCUUCCGCUGCUUCUUCCUCUGAAGCUUCUUCUGCUGCUUCUUCUUCCGCUGCUUCUUCCUCUGAAGCUUCUUCUGCUGCUUCCAGCUCUGCCGCUUCUUCCUCUGAAGCUUCUUCCGCUGCUUCUAGCUCUGCCGCUUCUUCCUCUGAAGCUUCUUCUGCUGCUUCCAGCUCUGCUGCUUCCUCCUCAGCCGCUUCUUCUUCAGCCGUUUCCUCUGCUGUCUCUUCCAGCGCUGCUGCCUCUUCUGGUUUCUCCACCAUUGAAAGUGAAACUACCAACUCCACUAUUGCUUCUUCCGCCUCUUCCGCUGUUGUUUCUCUUCAGUCUUUCUCCAACAUUGACGAUGAAGCCACCAACUCCACCUCUUUCACCGCUUACAGUUCUGUUCCAGAAAGCACCAGCACUGUUACCUCUGUCGUCAACGGUACCAGCACUGUCACUUCUACUUACUGUCCAGAAUGUUCUACCAGUACCACUGCUAUCACCAGCAUUGACAACUCUACCAUCACCACCACCGAAACUGACUGUCCAGAAUGUUCUGCCACCACCACUGCCAUCACUUCUACCAAGAACUCUACCAUCACUACCACUGAAACUGAUUGCCCAGAAUGUUCUACCACUACUAAGAUUCCAGCUUCUACCGCUGCUCCAAUCUACGAUUACACUUUCAACUCCACUGAAUACGAAGUUGUCACUGAAUACACUACUUACUGUCCAGAACCAACCACUUUCACUCAAGGUGGUAAGACUUACACCGUUACUGAACCAACCACUUUAACCAUCACUGACUGUCCAUGUACUAUUGAAAAACCAGAAACUGUUACCACCAACGAAGUUACCACCGAAUACACUACCUACUGUCCAGAACCAACCACUUUCACCACCGAAGGUAAGACCUACACUGCUACUAAACCAGGUGUUGUUACCAUCACCAAAUGUGAAACUUGUGAAGAACCAAAUACUGAAACUACCACUGAAAACGUUACCGAAUACACUACUUACUGCCCAGAACCAACCACUUUAACCACUGAAGGUGAGACUUACACUGUUUCUGAACCAGGUGUCAUUACCAUCACCAAGUGUGACUCUUGUGAAGAAUCAGAAACCGUUACUAAGCCAACUGAAAAUCCACAAACUACUUACGUUGAAACUUCCGAAUUCACCACUGUCCACACUGCCCCAACCACUUUCACCACCGAAGGUAAGACUUUCACCGCUUCUUCUGGUACUUUCACUGGUACUUUCACCACUGCUCAAACUAAGAUCGUCGAAACUGUUCCAGCUUCUUCUGCUGCUCCAUCUUCUGGUCACACUGUCUUAGUCAACUCUAACGCUGCUAACGUCUUUGUUCCAUCUUUCUUAGGUUUAGUUGGUGCUAUUGCCAUGUUGAUCUAA